GUGACUAGUAGAACUUCGUCCCGAUAUGAACCCUUACGAAUUUUACCGAUUUCCGUGACAAUUUCCGCGUUAAAAAUGCUUUGGAGUGGAAAUUCGCUGGAAAAAAUAUAGUUGGUGUAGUGUGGAAAGUGGCAAGGAUAAUAUCCGCGGCCUUAAAGGAACCAGGACCGCAUGAUGUCGUUGCUAAGCGUUACAGUUAAGAAAGCUCGUUACGUUGGAAUACAAGCACAACAAUUUAAUACCUACGUAACACUCAAACUACAAAACGUCAAAUCUACUACUGUAACUGUCAAAGGAGCGACACCAUGCUGGGAACAGGACUUCUUGUUUGAGACCAAUAACUUGGAUACUGGUCUUCUCAUUGAAGUCUGGAGUAAGGGAAUGAUCUGGGAUAGAGCCAUUGGAUACCAUUGGAUACCACUGCAAACAAUUCAGUACUCAAACGAGGAAGGAAAUGGUCAAUGGUGUUCUCUAGAAGCAGAGCUUGUGAUGCGAGAAGGAGAAGUAAUUGGCACUAAGAUGCCAACAGGACAUUCUCUACUUCUAGAUUGUCGAUUUGAACUACCUUUCGAUCCGGAAAAUAUAGAAGCCAUGGACCUGCAAAGAAAAUUAGAAAUGUUAAAUAAUAGUAUGGACCAAGAAGGAAGAGUAGACAAUUUUCGUAGGCAGAUGAUCUAUCUUGGACACUCUCAUGAUAAUCACUUUGAAAAUGACAUUUCAGCGGGGUAUAGCGAGGAUAGCGAUUAUACGUCCGACCUCAAUUACCCCGUAGGGCAACACCCUAACUCUUCCGCCUCGCAAUUCCGAUCGGCCGCUUACCAAAUCAACACCCCCCAGCGCUCUUUGGAGACUUCCAGGGAGAAUUCUUCUGAAAGAGCGGACACCCCGAAUGCCUACAAUCAGCAGAUGCUCGGAGCCGUGCAGAAUCACCAGCAGCAUUUGAGUCCAGAUGUUCAUAGGAGGCAUCAUCAGCAACCAACUUCCACUACAGAUAACUACAGGACCAACGUCCGAGGUCAAAAUUCCAACCAGCUCCAAGAAAAUAGUACCGAGGCAGAACCACUUUUUUACAAUAGUCGACCCCAUGAUAGAAAAUUGAAUAGGUCGAACUAUUCAAGCCACGAAACGUCUUGGAUGAGUUGCGAAAGUACCGUGUACAACCCAAGUGCUGACAGUUUAGAUGCUAGUUUCUACGUAGAUGCCACUGAUGUUCCUACUCAAUACAGUAAAGCCCGGAGACCAAGUUUAGAAAGGCAAACAACAUUAUACGACGACGUUACCUAUGACUACCCAACUUAUACAUCAACAUUAAAUGGCAUUCAUUUAUAUCCAUCAGUAGUCCAACAAAAUAAAACCAUAGAUGAAUACUAUGAUACGUUGCCCUUCACUUCGCAAGACGAUCGUUUCGGACAGGAGGAGGAAGAUCGACAAUGGGACAGCGGAGGGUACGACCCGUACGUUCCACCGAAACCGAGAUCUUCCAAAAAAUUACCCACCGUACCUAUGGCACUGCAAAACGUUACUAAUAAGCAACUCCCAACUAUACAAAAUUCAGAUGUCUCCUCCUUGUAUGACGAACCUAUGAGGCCGAUGUCCACCGGUCGAAGAAGAAUGCCUCAAAUUCCAACCAAGAAGGCUUCAUGGAGACAGUUUUCUCAGCAGAGCCAAGAAGAUGGCAUCAAGACCCCCGAAUCCUGCUCCCAUCGAGGGGCAAGUCUUCCUCCUACCCCGACUAAAAAUUCCAGGAUCAUUGCAAGAUUGGCGCAAUCGUUAGAGCCCACUAGAGCUAUGACUCCAGGUAGAAAGCUUCCAACCCCGAAUCCCAAUAUUAGAGGAAAAAGAAAUAAACUAAUGAAAAGAACAAGUUCUGCUGAUUACGCUGAUAACCAACUAGACAAUAGUUAUAUGCGACUCGGUGCUAUAAGUGCUACAGAAAAUUACAAUGAAGACUACAACUAUGCAUAUCAAAGUACGGAUAAUUUGCCCGUUGCCCCGGACGUAGAUGUUUAUUCGGUAUCGAACGUAGCUAACGAUAAAACCGUCGCGUUCCCACAAACGACUAACAGCACCUUCCAAAAUGAUUAUUACAGUAGAACUGCUCAAAAUUGCGAUUACAAUCAAACGUAUUACAAUGACGAUAUCUACAGCAAAAAGAGUAUUGGUGACUUAGACUCCAAUCAACUAGUACAACAAAACACGGAUAGUUUAGAAUCUCGAGACGAUGACUUGCGGAAUUCCUUCGAUACGGCCGUAUCUUCGUUAACCAGCUCGAUGCACCAGUAUACAAAGUCGACGUACGCAGAACCGAUUACGGAUACGGUUUUGACCAAUUCGAUGAACUCGUCUGCACAGAAUCACAACUUGGACAACAUCGCACAGAAAAAUAUUCUAAAUACGAUGUCGCAUUUAGGGGACCAGCACCAUAACCAUAGAGCAAUACAAAAGGAUGAUAACUAUUCCAGAGCGUUAGCAAUAGAUAACAGUGGAUUUUCUAACUUGACCACCGCCCAGGUACACAACCACGGCAGUAUUGGUAACGGUACAAACAAUAAGGGUUAUUUAAAAUCCCAGAAUUGUAUAGACAUCGGUUAUUAUGGAAAUCAGUUAGAAAAUGAUAAAGGAAUUCAAGAGGAGGCUUACUUAGAUAGUCAAGACAGCAUAGACGAGUACAUUGAGGAUGAAAAUGAAGACGCUAUUAGUUAUGGCCAAAACUCAGUUAAUCAAGCAAUAAAACAGGACUCUCCAAUGUCUGUGAUACACGUAGAUAGUCGAAAUGAAGGCACCAUUGUAGACCAACCCAUCAUGCUUGGUACUGAUACGUCUCAAGGUAGCGUUAUGAUGGACCCCUAUCAUCCAGCGGCAGCUGCCGCUUUGCAGAGGGCGCAACAACAAGCUUCCGGAAGCAAUUCGAGACGAUCUUCUGCUGCUGAUCUGGCUUACCAGUCAUACGAUGAUCCAUAUUUGAAUUACCAAAGAAAAAAUGGUUCUGAUGCCACUUUACAAGGUCGUAGGAUUUCUAUUAGACGUUCGCCGACUACUUCCGAACAUCCUGAAGAACUUUUGGUUCAUGAACAUCUUCAGGAUGUCUUACCAGAGGAGGUACUUACCGAGCCUGGUUUAAUCGUACCGGAAAUACACGAGGAAGAACCCGAACAAAGGCCAAAGAUAACGGCUCAACAGAGAUGGUUAUGGGCGUACAACAAGAUCAUAAUGCAGCUGGAU